CUCAAGGAUCAAGACAGACGCAGUGUUGACAAAAAACUGGCCUACAGUAGUAAAGCGAAAGUACUAGCAGGAAAUACAGUGUAGAUAUUGCUCGUUUUGCAGGAGGUGCAAGUUUCCACAAGUGGUAGUUUGGAAAAUAGAGGAUAAUUGAUGGGAUAGAUCAAAAGUGAAUGAUACGAUGUCGUACAGGUCAUUCAUACCAUUAGCUACAUGUAUACCGUAUUACGGUUGACCAAUAGACGCAAUGUCUCAGCUGGAGAAGCACAUGCCUCCAACAUCCUUGAAGGUCAAGACAUCUGGUUACCAACCACAGCAGGGUACCAGUUCACCCUAUUGGAACUGUGGAUGUACUGGACAGAAUGGCAGACGAGACGUAGAAUGGCAUUGUGGGAGCAUCACCAGCGAAGCGAGUCCAUUGCCGAGUGACGCAUCAAAUUCAUCCAGUCCUGCUUCGGACUACUGUCCUGCUCAGUGUGAUUGUGAUCACCUGUCCACUAGUCCCGAUGAGCAACACUCCCUCCCCACUAGACUAAACUUUUCCCGCCAUGACACGGUGGGCUACACACACUGUGACGGACAGGGUCAGGUAUGGUGCGAUGGUAGGAAUCGCUCUCAUUCUAGGAUCCCAUUGGAUUCCCUGAGACCUCUCAGUCCGGGUUCGUCAGCUGUGGCCAUGAAGACAUUGCUGGACAAUGUGUCUUGUCUGGACGACUUUGACAGAGAAGAAAUUGGCAGUGGGUUCUUUUCAACAGUCUACAAGGUGCAGCAUAAGAAGACAGGGCAGGUCCUAGUUCUGAAGCUGAACAACAAGGAGUCAAGUUUUGCUGGCGUCAUCCAAGAAAUUCAGCUGCUUAAGAAACUACAGCAUCCAAACAUUAUCAAGCUUCUUGGUGUGUGCGUUCACGAAGCCAAUAUCCACGCACUCAUAGAGUACAUGAAUGGAGGUUCCUUGAGUAAUAUCUUACUGGAUGAGACGCUCCAUCUGUCUUGGAUGGUGCGUAUGGGUGUUGCCAAGGAUAUAGCAUCAGGGAUGAGCUACCUUCAUAUGCACUCUGUUAUCCACCGAGAUCUGACAUCGAUGAACUGCCUCAUUAAAAAAGCUAGUAAUGGUGCCAUGCAUACUGUGGUCGCAGACCUAGGACUGGCAGCGAGAAUACCCAGAGAUCCAUCAGAGAAGUUACAAACUGUUGGGACGCCAUUCUGGGUGUCACCGGAAAACCUCAGCGGGAAAUUCUACACGGAAAAAACGGAUUUAUUUUCCUUUGGGAUCAUCUUGUGUGAGAUCAUAGCCAGAGUGACUGCAAACCCGGAUGAACUUCCCAGAUUACAUAAUUUUGGACUAGACAUGGAAGCAUUCCGUACGCUAAGUGGUAACUGCCCAGAACAGUUUCUCCUUCUUGCUUUCAGCUGCAGCAACAUGGAACCCAGCAAGCGGCCGGCUUUUACAGAAGUUGUGCUGAGUAUCAGGAACAUAGAAACUGAUUACAACAGACACAGCAAACGAGCUCCAUCGCUGUCAGGUCGUAUGAGAUCGCAGUCAACCCUUGUUGCAUCCUACCCAUCCCAGACUGUACCAGACGCUAAGCCCACCCCGAUUCGAUCGCCCCGCAAUUCCAUCAUCCGUAGCAACUCAGACUCCGGGUCCCGACCACGAAAGAUAAGUGUCUCCAAGAAGUGGGUCAAUCCCUUUGACACACCCCAUUUGAAGAAUGGCCGGACGAAACUCAUUGAGGGGAUGUCAUCGACAGCUCUUUAUGAACUACCAGGAGAGAUCUUGGAUUCUCUUCAAGCAAUGCUCCAAGAGGAUGAAGAUGAGGAAGCUGAGGCUGCCAAGGAGGAAUUGGAGAGAUGUGUGAGGCAAAGAUCCAAAUCUCUGCCCAACUCUCCUGUCAUCCAUCGGCAAGAACUCAAACUAGACGAGAACACAAACUAUGUACACUCUAACAUGGACAUCAGGGAUAGGAUGACUGUUGCUGACCGACGGAAAACUCUUUCACCAGGGUUUGUCCCCCCAGAUUGGCUUGGCCGGAUGGGCCGGGCUAGGAGUAAAACUGCUUCUGAGUUGAGCAAUCUUAAAAGUGACCCAGGCCUGGGAUCUCUCGGUGAGGACAAACUGGGCUUGAAAGGCAAGGAGAAUCAAAUCACUGAAGCAUCUGAAGAUGCCUAGCUUUGAAUCUUGACUUGAGCCCAGUGUGCAGUUGGCUGACAUCUGUGAAUAGGACAGCAGUAUUUGAGUAUUAAAUCCUCAUUCUACUCAGUAAGAUUCUACCCACCUUCCACUAUGCCUACAUAUUCUAUACAAGUAUUGACAAUAUUUUCAGCAUUUAUAGAUGUUUAGUGUCAGCUUUGCUUUUUCCUCCGACGUGUAUCAGUGGGCUGGUUUCGUGAAAGGAUCUCAGGCUAAGGAUUUCUUGAAAUAUGUCAGGUUGGGAUUUGGCCCAGGAUCAGAAUGUUACAGGCAGUUAAAUUAGAACUACUGGUAAUUAAUUUUUAAAUUGGAUAUGUGCAAGACACAUGUCUGUACUUCCCAAGGUGUGGCCAGACAAAAAAGGUUCAAUAUACAAAGAUGUUAAUUUCCAGACCCGCUUUUGUUGAAUUUAUUUUCCUCCAAAAAUAAACCUAGUCCAGGAAAGAAGAAGCGAGCAUCAAUCUGUGAUGGGAAAAAGGCAGCCAUAUUGGCAGAAAAGGCAGCCAUAUUGGCAGAAAAGGCAGCCAUAUUGGCAGAAAACCCAGCCAUAUUGGCAGAAAACCCAGCCAUAUUGGCAGAAAACCCAGCCAUAUUGGCAGAAAACCCAGCCAUAUUGGCAGAAAACCCAGCCAUAUUGGCAGAAAACCCAGCUGUCAUCAAUGCAAUGAUUUGGAAAGGGAGGUAAAUUAACCCUCUUAUAAAGGAACAGGAUGUGUUUUUCAAAUUCAAGUAUAUAGUUAUAUUUUAUAGUUUAUAGUUAUAUAUGGGGGGGGUGGGCUUUGUAUGCUUGCUUACUACUCCUUCGAGUCUGAUCCCCUUACAUUGGUUGGCCAAAGAAAAUGAAAAAAGUUCAAAUUCUAGUCGGGCAUUCUUUGAAAGGAAAACAAACCAAACGUCAGCUUUUUUUUCCUGAAAUAUGAACGGGUCAAAACCAAUAUCUAUGCCACUUGUGACAUGUAUUUAGGUUCAUGUACAGAAGUUUUUGUAUUAAUUGUGGACUUGAUCAUGGGAAUUUCAUCGUGGACAAAAUCACUGAGCCAUUAGAUGGCUUUCUGCCAGUGAUGACUUCAGGCUAAGUUCUCAAAUCUGUAUUAAAUACACUUUCAGAGAUUUGACAAAGAAGCUGUUGAACUUGUAGCACUGUUGCCAGUUGCCCUGAUUAUAAGUAGAGUUUUCCAGCUUCCAAGAAAUCUUUAUUUUCUAGAUUGUUUAGCCCAAACUCAUGGUGAAUUCUAUUUAAUGUAGGACAUUUUGGCAGAAAAAAAAUGGAAUUUUGUAAAACGCGUGAUUUCUUCCAAUUUGAGAUAUGUUCGUUCCUGUACAUUAAUUCGUUAUAUUGUUGCAGUCGUGUUAUAAUUACUUCAUACAUACAUGUACAUGUAUCUGCUUGUAAACAGAAGAACAUUACUGUCAUUGUGUGUUAAGUUGGUGUUAGAUUAAUGAUAUCAACAUGUAGAUAUGCAUGUUAUGACAUGGAGAAUAGAUCUGUAACAUUAUGACAUCUAGCUUUGUGUACAUGUACGUUUGCCUGUAGCAGUGAGAUAGGACGUGAUCCACUGAGGGCUCCCAUAGGAAAGUGCAUAUGUAAACAAAGUGUGACAUCAGGUGUGUUGGAUUGAAUAAGUGAUGAUUAUAUUCACUGAUAAUUGUACUGGUCAUUGGUCAGGGUGUCUGUGGCGGUGGCGUAUACGGGGGGGGGAGUUCUUUCACCCCCCCCCAGGAAAUUUUUGAGGUUUUGGGUGAGCAGGAAAGAAAGUACUGUGGGUCUAUUUAUUUGUCAAAUAUUAGUACCUAAUCCCUUAAAAAACCCACACCAGCAAAUAAAAGCAAGGAUGUCAGACUGUGAGAAAGGCUUCUGAUUUCUUUCCCUUCCAACAUCAUGUUGAAUCAGCCUGAAGCCCCAUUUGCUUUGAAUUUGCCCCCCGCCCCCACCAAAAGCUGGAUACGCUGCUGGUCUGUGGUCGUGUAUUGGUCGUGGUGUCAGUGGUCAUGGUAUUGGUCAGUGUGUCAUUACGUCUUACCUCAUGCCAAGGAAAGUAAAAAGUGACAAGGCAAUUUUUACAGCUUUCACAUGUCAUUGCUAUACCUCAAGGUUGUACAACUUGUCUUGGGCUGAUUUUUGUAACCGUUGUACUACUGUUAUUAUUAAGUGACUUAAUUUGACUUAAGAUACUGUUUGGUGAAGAGUUUGUUAUCUUGAGGAGAUUUUUCCACUGUUUUAGAAACCAAGUCCAAAACGAAAGGAAAAGUUAAAUGUUUGUUAUUUCCUUUUGCAAUAUGUUUAAUGUAUUAUUUUGCAAUAUUAAUUUACUUUGAUUGUGCUUGUGUGGUAAGCAUACGUGUUAAAUUUCAUAGGAAUUUAUUGGUGUUCAGGUUUUUCGUUUAGUUUUGUUUUGCCAUUACACAGUAAAAUACUUAAGUUUUUGGUAAGUUUUACCAGCUCUCAUCAAGAUAUAGAAAUACAUUAAAUGUAAAUCUGUGUCUUGAUGAUAGAUCACACUCUCCAGUUGAUCAGUUGUUUAAAGUACUUCAAGGAAUGUUUUUUCUGUUUAAAAAUGUGAACCUCGGGUUUAUUUUCAACUCAUUAUGCAAACCGAAGAAUAGAAAGUUAGAUACUAAGUGUACCAAUGCAGGGUUUUUUCAAAUGCAGAAUUUCUUAAUUUGCUGUUGAUGAUAGUAGUAGAAUUGAUCAGGGGGUUCAGACCAGGAAUUUUUUGGGGUGGGGGGCUGCUCAACACUUUAAGAAGAUGCAUAAUGCGUUUAGCAUAGAUCUGGUUCUAUCUUUCUAAUCUAAUCUAAUGUGUUGCUAGACGUAGCAGAAAUCAAGUAUUGGCAAUCGUUUAAAUCUGAGUAUUAGAGAGUUUGAAGAGAACCUCCUUUGAGAAAAUAACUUUUGCCCUGAAGUGAUUACUCUUAUUAUUAAUUUGUUGAUGAGUUUUGCACAUUUUGAUGUGGGUAAAUAGUUCUUUCUACAAUUGAUUUACGAGAAUGUCGUAGACCAUUAUGUAGUUCUUACCCUCUAUUUGAAUAAUUUUGAAUUUUCUGUUUACUUUAUACAUUGUCGGUCUUAUAUAAAGGCGAUGUUGAAUCCUUAUAGAAGCCAGAGACGACGAGAAGUAUUUGAAAGCCCCAAGGGAAGUUGAUGUUGCUGUCACAGGGAGUUUUCGAGGAAAAGAAAUCUCACGAAAUAGUUUACCUCCUCAGAAAAGGCGCAUACACUGGACAGAAAUAAAUUUGGUACGUUUAAAAUUUUUUUAAGACAUGGAAAUCAAACGGAUUGUUAAAACACAGUUCAAGAGGGGGAAUAUCGCAGGCGGGAAACAUGCAAUUUUUUUUUAAGUCCACCUGUAUGAUUGUGUGAAAUGAGACUUUUAGGCAUUUUCUUCCAAAAAUUGUGUGUAAUUAUAACUAUUUUGCCUUUUUUGGUGUGGAAAAUUAUAUCGAAUUGAAUCUGUCUGUAUUAUGUUAAUUUGUUUGGAAUUGCUUGUAAAAAAGUAUACUUGUACGAUAAGAGCCGCAUGAAAACAAAUGUAUAAUUAUCAUGUAAACCAUGUACAGACUAUAGAAAAAUAUAAAACGAUAUUGAUUUGAUUAGUACUGUGUUUUGGAAUGAUUUAAAUAAUUAUAUUUUUCUCAUGUUACUACAGACGUUAAAGGAAAAUAAACAGAUUACCAAAACGUAACUUGGA